AAUCAAGCUCAAGCAUAACUUUCUUGUAAACAUAAACUUUUAGUCCAAAGAAGAGAAAACUGGCUCGUCUUACUGAACUACCUUGAUGAAGGAUGAUAUUGAGGUACCAUGAGUACAUCCACUAUCUUCGAGUUAUCCAUUGAGAAAUCCACGUCAUAAGGUUAUACGGGUAUGAGAGGAAGAGUUAGUAUUAAGUACUUUAAAUAUGAGAACUUUGCCUUUGUCUUAAAUAGCUAUAUGAGAAUUAUUGGAUUUGGAUUGGUUAAAGUCUUGAUUCAAGAAAGAAACAGCAUAACGCCAGCGACAACCCAGGCUACUUGGCUCUUUCAGUGAAGUGAAGACAGAGAUCUGGAAUAGCAUUCUGCCAUUUUUUAGUUUGAGCAUUGUGCAUGAGUGAAUAUUCAAUAAAAAGACAGUAUUAUGACAAAACAGAAAAUCCAAUAGAUAUCAUAUUCUUUCAGAAACCAGUUAAAAAAUAAGCAAGAAAUAUCAAAAGACUAGUCAAUUGGGACUGAUAAUUUCAUCAGCAAGUUGAUCCAAAGAAAGCUUGCUUAUUGACUAGACUUGAAUGGUCUAAAAGAGCAAAUUUUUCAUCCUUUCUUUACAAAGUUUGAUUGGGAGUAUUUAAUAAUAAUUUCUACAGUAUCUCCGUUUGUAUCAUCCCAGAACAAAGAUAAUUUCCCUACCAAAUAUGCAUAAGGACCCUAUAAAAAUCCGAUUUCAGAUUUAACCAAGAAACAAGAUGAGCUAAUUAAGCAGACUCACAUCAAUGCUUUGUUCUAAGACCACUAUUACACCCUACUAAAUAAGCACUACAAGUACUAUCAGAUCCAAAUUUCAUCCCAAAAAAUAGAAACCCCCAAAAUCCUCUAAACCUGACCCCUUCCUGACUAAAUCUCUCUCAAAAGU